UUGGGGAAGGGACGGAUGAAUACAAGUACUUGUCUGAGGACCGAAGCGACCCCGGGCGAGCUGCGGAGGCUCCGCUGUCUGGCAUUCUCUCAGCGUGUCGUCAGAGCCCCAGCGGCCAGCAGCAGCGGGAGCGCGGGUGAGCUCGGCUGCAGCCCCGCAGAGCCCCGCGCGCGCCGGGAGGGGAGCUCUGCGUCCAGGGCUGGAGAUUCCCAGCUAGAGACUCGGCGCCUGGCGCGUCCCACCCACCAGACAGAAAACAGCCGAGCGGUCACCGGAGCAAGCAGGAACAUGCAGCUACCCGCCAGCCUGUGCCGACGCGCCCUGGUGGCGCUGGUGCUUGCCUUGGGCGUGAUGGGGGUCUGGGGAGAAGAAAAAGUAUUCCCUCCAGUCCAAGCCACUCCAUCGCUUCUGGGGACCGAAGAGGUAAUGACACCACCCACUAAGACCGCUUGGCCAAGAGGUUCCAACUCCAGUCUGCCACGCUCCUUAGCACCUGCGCAGGGACCCAAAGGAGGAAAGAUGGCUGAAGCCCCGCCGCGACCCUUCGCCCCUCCCCCGUGCCAAGGACGCACUGAAAUGAAGGAGACUUUUAAAUACAUCAACACGGUUGUGUCCUGCCUGGUGUUCGUGUUGGGCAUCAUUGGGAACUCCACGCUUCUGAGAAUCAUCUACAAAAACAAGUGCAUGCGGAAUGGUCCCAAUAUUUUAAUUGCCAGCCUGGCUCUGGGAGAUGUACUGCACAUCCUCAUCGAUAUCCCCAUCAAUAUCUACAAGCUGCUAGCAGAGGACUGGCCAUUUGGAGCAGAGAUGUGUAAGCUGGUGCCCUUCAUCCAGAAGGCCUCCGUGGGAAUCACUGUGCUGAGUCUAUGUGCUCUAAGUAUUGACAGAUAUCGAGCUGUUGCUUCCUGGAGUCGAAUUAAGGGAAUCGGGGUUCCAAAAUGGACAGCAGUAGAAAUUGUUUUAAUUUGGGUGGUCUCUGUGGUCCUGGCUGUCCCUGAAGCUAUAGGCUUCGAUAUGAUUACAAUAGACUACAAAGGAAGGCCUCUACGAACCUGCCUGCUUCAUCCAGUUCAGAAAACAGCCUUCAUGCAGUUUUAUAAGACAGCUAAAGAUUGGUGGCUAUUCAGUUUCUACUUCUGUUUGCCACUAGCCAUUACUGCAUUUUUUUAUACACUGAUGACUUGUGAAAUGUUGAGAAAGAAGAGUGGCAUGCAAAUCGCUUUAAAUGAUCACUUAAAGCAGAGACGAGAAGUGGCCAAAACCGUCUUCUGCCUGGUCCUUGUUUUCGCUCUCUGUUGGCUUCCCCUUCACCUCAGCAGGAUCUUGAAGCUCACUCUUUAUGACCCGAAUGAUCCUCAUAGAUGUGAACUUUUAAGCUUUUUAUUGGUAUUGGACUAUAUUGGCAUCAACAUGGCCUCACUGAAUUCCUGCAUUAAUCCAAUUGCUCUGUACUUGGUGAGCAAAAGAUUCAAAAACUGUUUUAAGUCUUGCUUAUGCUGCUGGUGCCAGUCAUUUGAAGAAAAACAGUCCUUGGAGGAAAAGCAGUCGUGCUUAAAGUUCAAAGCCAAUGAUCACGGAUAUGACAACUUCCGUUCCAGUAAUAAAUACAGCUCAUCUUGAAAGAGGGAUUAUUCACUGCAUCUCAUUUUCCUUAUUUUGGACAGAUGUCAUUAAAAGAAAAUGAAACCUUUGCCAAAUCUAAGUGAAAAGCUGUAUCCUUGCACAAAACUAUAAAAAUGUGAGAGGGAUUGCUUUUAACACAGUUACACCUGACAUUUUAUGAGCUGUUUACAACAUAAGAAAAGCGCUGAGAAUUAUGAAGUCUCAUCAUGUACAGCACUUAAUGUCUUUUUUACAGUUAGCACUUCGACAAAGCUCUUAGUAGCUUCCAGCGUACUCACAUGCCCUUUUAUCUAAAACCUCAGAAUUUCUGCUGAGGAGGUUUAUUGUUGAAUCAUAUGAACGUAAACAAAGGAAAAAUGUGUCCUGCAAAAGAGUUUGUAAUGAAGUUUCAGUUGCUCAAUUUGAAAUUUGAAAAACUAUCUUUCAACCAAAAAAAAACAGCUUUUAUUAUGAACAGUGCUGCACCAUUGGUCAGAUGUUAAUCAACACACCAUUGGCCAGAUGUUAAUAGAAUAGAACAUGUGAAUGCAAUGUAGCAGGUGCAUUCUUUUGGACAUUAGGAACAUUUAAAUAAUUAGGAAAGAGUGUUAAAAAAAAAAAAAAGAAAUCAGACCAAGCUUUUGAAGUCAUUACAUUUUUUUUUUUUUGCAUUCAGAUAAAAUCAAAUGUCACAAAGAGAAAGGGAAGGUUUGAAUUGUUGUGAAUAAAGGCCUUUUCUAAACUCAUCCAUUGACAUUCUCUACCAAAAAAAAAAAAAAAUAACACAACACUCCCUAUGAUAUUUUUCAA